AAGUAUACAAGGAUAUAUAAGUAGGCAAGCAGACAACAACUACAAAAUCAAGGCUUUAAGCAAUUAUCGCUAUCAUGGCUGACAUCAAGCCCCCAUUCACUGCAGAAUCUGCCCACAAGAAAGUCAAGGCUGCCCAAGACUUAUGGAAUACCCAAGACCCUGAACGGGUGACCAAGGCCUAUACUCCCAACACAAUCUGGCGAAACCGGGACACCUUUCUUCAAGGCACAGACGAAGCCAUAGCCUUCCUCACCAAGAAAUGGCAAAAAGAAAAAUCGUAUCGUCUACGCAAAGAGCUCUUUGCCUUUACUGACAAUCGCAUUGCCGUGCAGUUCUGGUACGAAUACCAAGACUCUCACGACGGCAUGAAGUGGAAGAGAUGUUAUGGCUUGGAAGACUGGACGUAUGAUGAAACAGGCAAGAUGCGGAAGCGCCAGAUGUCCGGGAACGAUGUGGUCCUGGGACCGGAUGGGAAUGGUGAAGGACGAUGGUUCGUGGAAGGCGUUGAUGUUAAUCAGGUCGAGAUCACUGAGCAGCAUUGGUAAAUCACGUGCAGUAUUUGCAAGGGAUGUUCAUUGUUCUGCAGGAGAGCGCAGACUAUACCGCUUUAGGUAGUUUGUAUGCAUCGAAAUAACCUCAAACUUUGCUC